GGAAUGUAGUGUCGUUAAUUUACUGUUUCGAUCAUCAUCAUAUUUUUAAUUUCGAGAGACUAUAAUUUUUGCGUGAUUAUUGAGCUACUCCAAAGUAAUCUUGAUAAAAUAUACUAACUAAGUCUGAAGAAAACCGUAAUUAGAUUUUAGAAUUAGGACAUUGAUGUAGUAAAUUAUAUUCGGGGCUAAAAUUCCAAGCUGAUUUGAUCGAUAAUUUUGAGAUGCUACCUUUUUAUAGGGAUGGAUCGAUGUUUCAUUGAGAUCCAUUUCUCUUUAACACUAAUUCGAUUGAUUUGUUCUUAAAUCACAUCUUGUCUUUUUUUACUUUUUAUUUCAUUCUAGAUUCAAACGUAUACUGCUCUUCUCACCUUUAUAGUACACAGCGUGCCUUCAAGCUAGACAUAAAUCUCAAUCCUGGACUCUACAUGAUGUGUGAUUCAAUUUUUCAUCGUAACUGCAAUUUCUAUUUCAGUGCUGAACAUUCUCGCGUUGAGUGGAAGGAGAGCAUCAAAAAUAUCUUGGUUGUUCACAAACUAUGUGAUCUUAAUGUCGUUGAAAGUUUGAAGUCGUUUGUUCAUUAUGUUCUGAAGAAAUGGGAUCUAACUAUCUAUCUAGAGCCGGUUGCCCUAGAUGAACUGAAGAAUGAUGAUUUAUUCUACCCAAUUAUUCAGAAGUAUGUAAGUUUGGGAAAAGGUGAACUCACACAAGCUACUGUUGUACAAGAUGUUUGUGGACUUCAUGAGAAUACAGCAGAAAGUUCCCCUAAAAUCAAUACAAAAAGCUCGGUUAGAGUCUUUGAUCAGACUGUGAGAAACAAAAUCGACUUAAUUGUUUGUCUUGGUGGUGACGGGACUCUUUUACAAAUUGGAUCGAUGUUCCAGGGAAUUGCUCCACCUGUAAUCGCAUUUCGUCUGGGCACACUUGGAUUUUUGACUCCGUUUCCUUUCAAGAUGUUUAGAACCCAAAUGAAGAGUGUUCUUGAAGGUUCAUCUUAUUGUAUAUUACGAGCUCGGCUUUGUUGUCAAGUUAUUCGUAAUAGUGUUACUAAUCACAAUAACAAUAAUGAUUCCGGAAGUCAAAAUACUUCAACUAAAAGUAAUCGUUGUAAUGAUAAUCAACCUCAGGCAUCCAAAUAUUCCAACGAUACUCCUUCACGCUCUACUUCACCAGAUACUGAAUAUCAUUUCCUAAAUGACCUUGUAAUCGAUCGUGGUCUUUCUCCAUUUAUCUGUGAUCUCCUUAUUAAAGUGAAUGGUAGAGAAGUAACUACUAUAGAAGGUGACGGUCUCAUUAUAAGUACACCUACUGGAAGUACAGCUUAUUCAAUGACUGCUGGUGCAAGUAUGGUACAUCCAUGUGUACCUGCUCUAGUAUUAACACCAAUCAAUUCAUUAGCCUUAAGUUCACGUGCUAUUGUUCUUCCAACAUCUAUAAAACUAGAAAUCUCUAUUGCCAGUAAAGCUCGUUGUUCAGCUGUACACUUUUCAUUUGACGGACGUUCACGACAUUCAAAUUUACUGUAUAAAGAUGAUGUUAUCCUAGUGAGUGCUUCACCGUUCCCUGUCCCAUGCCUUUGUAGUGAAAACGAGGUCACAGACUGGUUUUGUGGAUUGGCACAUUGUCUUAAUUGGAAUCUACGUCGACGCCAAAAUUCAGUGAUCAGCUGUUGUCCUGGAUAUGAAUAGUUUGUAAAAAUGAUAUGUUUCGCUUCUACUUAAUGAUAUCUACUGUGUUUUGUCUUAAAUUUUCUCAGGUCUAUUUUAUUAUGAUUUAAUUUUUUUAAAUUCGUUUGUUUAUCUGAAAACUUACGUUUCCAUGAUCAUGCUUCUCAAUUUUUGAUUAAAUUUAACGAAUUGUGACCUGUUCUGUCUGUUGUUUUAUUAAUCACUAGAAUAAUUAGAUUUGAGCAAGGUUUCAAGACAUGGUUUGGUUUCCAUUGUGAGUACUUUUUGUUGAAAUACCUUUUUAUUAACAAUGUGCAAUCCUGAUUAGGGAUCAAAUUUCCUUUGAUUUUUUCAUACAAAAUAGUCUCAUCAAACACUGAUUGCAUUAUUUGAUAGACAAUCAUUCCAAUUACAUUAUUGAUGGGAUUUAUCAUUUCAGGUUCAUGCUUCAUCUGUAUCAAUAAAAAUGUUCUGCAGUCUCUAACUAACUACAUUGUGUUCUCUGACGUCAGACUCUGUGUAGC